GGGAAGCCGGGGGGGUGUCCCGCUCCGUGGAGGCUGGAGAAGCCGGCAGAGAUUUGAUGCUGUGGAGUCACGCGGAGUGUCGGAGACCUGGCCUCCUUGGCAGUUUAGGAGUCCUCUAGGGUCAGAGGCCUGUCGUGUGGCCCGCAUCCUGCCAGGGCCCCGGCCAGGACAGAGCUCCACCGGGAACUGGAGCUAAAUCGAGCUUCGGCUCUUAUUGUGUGCCGGGUCCUGUGAGGAAUCAGCAUCAGGAAGAGGAAAUGCCUCUCACCCGGCCGGGCUGACUCCACUCCCGUGCUGGCUCCCAGCCCCUGCCCCUGUCAGGGAGAGGGGAAGAAGCCGGUGAGUGCGUGUAACCCACCGUUCACUGAGCACUUUCCUGGUUCUUCAGUUGACGGGAACCUCUUGUCACCACGUUUUGGAGAUGAGAGAAAAGCGAGGCUGCAGGAUAUAGAGGAGAUUAAGAAAAAAUGAAAAAAGGAGUCCAGAUGCUUCUAGUUUGUCGCUUUUUGUGGUGAAGGCUCGGCUCUGCUCCUCAGCCUGCUCUAACCUGGCCUCCACGGGGCUCCUGCUGGUCCUGGGUGAGGCAUGGAUGCUGGUUUUGGGGGGUUGCCAGAGUGCCCCACAGGCUUUUUCCUUGGUUGGAACCAGACUCCCCUAAAGGGGCCUGCCUCCCAGGGGCGAGACAAAGCAGCUAAGUUCUGAAGGUGUGGGUGACGAGUGGAACCCCACAGCCAAGUGUGUGCCAGGCCAGGAACUCUGGGUCCCGGAGCCUGGCUGCGGAAAAGUUCCUACCACUCUUAAGACACCGUUUCUAUAUUUGCAAAAUCCAGGAUUGUACCAGAGAACUUCCAGCUCAAACACACAUAGAUGCUCUAACACUGUGCCGUUUCAGUGGCACCUCAGUGUGAAACCUGUUUUGUAACAGUGAAUUUCCUUUACCUGUAUGAUAUACCCUCCAUCCUGCCAGCGUUUCCUGAGGACUCACUCCAGACCCAGGCCUGUGCUGGGGGUGAAAGGGAUGCUGGCAGUUUUUAGUGAGGAUUAAAUGUCCUCGUGUGCUGGGCAGAAGCAGCCCAGAGUGCCACCACCCCGGCUCCAGCCCAGCCAGCCCCCAUCAGCAGUAAACCCUCAGGUUUUCGACGCUGGGGAGAUGUUUGGGAUAAUGCAAGUGGAGGAAGUGGAAGAGGAUGAGAACGAGGAUGAGGAGGUGCGGGAAGUGCGGAGGAAGCAGCCCAACCCCGGGGGCGAGCUCUGCUUCAAGGUCAUUGUUACCAAUGAAAACGGGCUCCGGGCGGCUGACCCCAACAGCAUCUUCCUCGUGGACCACGCCUGGACGUACCGCGUGGAGCAUGCCCGCCAGCAGCUGCAGCAGACACCAGGGCUCCUGCACCGCAUGGCCAACCUGAUGGGCGUCGCAUUCCACGGCGAGCUGCCCAGCAUGGAGGCUGUGGACCUGGUGCUGGAGGAGAUGUGGAAGUUCAACCAGACCUACCAGCUGGCCCACGGGACGGCUGAGGAGAAGGUCCCGGUGUGGUACAUCAUGGACGAGUUUGGCUCACGGAUCCAGCACUCAGACGUGCCCAGCUUUGCCACCGCGCCCUUCUUCUACAUGCCACAGCAAGUAGCCUACACGCUGCUGUGGCCCCUGAGGGAUCUGGACACAGGCGAUGAGGUGACCCGGGACUUUGCCUACGGAGAGACUGACCCUCUGAUCCGGAAGUGCAUGCUGCUGCCCUGGGCACCUGCCGACCUGCUGGACCUCAGCUCCUCCACCCCUGAGCUGCCCGACGAGUACUACCAGGCCAUUCUGGAGGAAAACAAGGAGAAACUGCCACUUCCCAUCAGUCCGGCCCCGUGUUCUCACGACCGCGUCUUCAAGGUCUACACCGACGUCCAGCAGGUGCUGAGCAGCCUGACCCACCCACGCUUCGCCUUCACCCCGAGCGAGGCCGAGGCCGACGUGCUCUACAGCUUCUCACACUUCAAGGACUACAGGAGGCUCAGCCAGGAGAGGCCGAACGUGCUGCUGAACCAGUUCCCCUGCGAGAACCUGCUGACAGUGAAGGACUGCCUGGCCUCCAUCGCCCGCCGGGCGGGGGGCCCCGAGGGCCCGCCUUGGCUGCCCCGCACCUUCAACCUGCGCACCGAGCUGCCCCAGUUCAUCAGCUACUUCCAGCAGCGGGAGCAGCGGGGCGAGGACAACCACUGGAUCUGCAAGCCCUGGAACCUGGCACGCAGCCUGGACACCCACGUCACCAAGCACCUGGGCAGUGUUAUCCGGCACCGCGAGAGCGCCCCCAAGGUGGUGUCGAAGUACAUCGAGAGCCCCGUCCUGUUCCUGCGGGAAGAUGUGGGCCUGGUCAAGUUUGACAUCCGCUACGUCGUGCUGCUGCGAUCGGUGAAGCCGCUGAAGCUGUUCGUGUACGACGUGUUCUGGCUGCGGUUCUCCAACCGGCCCUUCGCGCUCAACGACCUGGACGACUACGAGAAGCACUUCACCGUCAUGAACUACGACCCGGAUGUGGUCCUCAAGCAGGUGCAUUAUGACGAGUUCAUCCCUGAGUUUGAGAAACAGUAUCCGGAGUUUCCCUGGAAGGAUGUGCAGGCCGGAAUCUUCCAGGCCUUCACGGAGCUGUUCCAGGUGGCGUGUGCCAAGCCUGCGCCCCUUGGCCUAUGCGACUACCCCUCGUCCCGGGCUGUGUAUGCCAUCGACCUCAUGCUGAAGUGGGACGUCCGUCCAGAUGGGAAGCGAGUCAUGCAGCCGCAGAUCCUGGAGGUGAACUUCAACCCCGACUGCGAGCGGGCCUGCAAGUUCCACCCGGCCUUCUUCAACGACGUCUUCAGCACCUUGUUUCUGGACGAGCCCAGCCGCGUCACCCACCUGGCCUAGGCGCCCCCGGCCCUCGCCUUGUGCCCCGGGCAGGUUCCAGCUCCGUUCUCUGAGCUGCUUCUGCCCGGCCCCUCCUCCCCACCUCCCAGUCGCAGCCCUCGUCCUGAAGCCUCAGCCCUCCCCAGCCAUCACCGGCUUCAGCUGCCGAGCCCGACCCUGGCCCCCUGUGGGCUCUGCUCACCCCCGUGGGUCAGAAGCGGGAGCAGGACCAGGUCUGCAGGGGCGAGCACCUCCCGAGGCCCUGUCCCCUCCCCCACCCCCGUCUGUGCCGUUAGCUCCAGCUCAGCCAAGUGCUUUAUCCCAGACGUCAAGUGAGUUCAGUUACUGGGCAGCCAUGUUUCCAGAGGCCUUUAGCAAAAGGGGUUCAUGGGAUGUGACGAGGCGUUCCCCAGGAACAGAGGUCCAAGGGAAGUGUCUGCUCUUGGGAAUGGGGUCCCAAACUCUGCCUGCAGGCCCUGUGUGACCAGGGUCCCCAGAGUGCCUGGGUGGAGGCUCUGCUUGCCAACCCACCACAAACCAGCCUUACUGCUGUGCCCGGCUCAACCGGAGCCUUCACCAGCAAGCCUCCCGUUAAAUCCCGGGACAGGAAGCCCACCACCUUCUGUUGUCCCUUCCAUUCCACGAGGGCAGGCCCGGCCUCUGGGUCACAGACCCUGACGUUGGAAGUGGCCUGUCAGGUCCCGUGGUCCCGGUGCUCCCCCUGCCCCUGAGCACUCCGGUGGUUUCCCCCUCAUCUGGGAUUCACUGGGAUGCUCCAACGUGGGCAGCUGAGAGCAAGCUUUGGCUCCCGGCUCUAAGCAGGGGACGGCCGAGCAACAGUGCCAGGCUGCACCUUAGUUGGUCCCGAGGAGAACAUGGUGUUGAAGUCAGACGCCCUCUCCCACUGGGGUCUAGGUGUUGCAUUCUCAUCAUUUUAAUAAGUGGGAGGAAAAUGUGAGAACACUAGUUUUCUCCUUAACUUUCUUCUGCCAUUUGGAGUCGGCGCCCACAUUUCUUGGGUGGCAGCUGGCAGUGGGGCUGACCCCUGGCCUCGGCAGGGUGGGGCGUGCUGGCAGUUUGUCUCAUUUUGAAGCUAAGAAGUCGUCCUUGUAGCACAUCUGGCCUCCCGACCUGCCUCUGGCUCCUCCCUGCGGACGAGCGCCUCGCCCCUUCUGAUGGGAGCUUCCCCCUGCAGCUAGAGGGGUCCCAUCUGUCACUGCCACCCUUCCUUCCUCAGGGCUUUCUCGGCGACUGCCCGUGUGGACGCCUCAUCCCUGGUUUUCUCCUCGGGAAAGUUGCCGACGCCCCAAGUCCCUGACGGCCCUCAUCUUGAUUUGUGCUGCAAUAAAGGAUGCCUUCUUCCCUUA